GAAGGCCUGUCACUACUUCUGAUGCAAGCGAAACGAAAGUUUGCGUGGUCCUCAAAACGCUCGAGAUAGAGGGAUAUUUAAAGGAGGAUUAAAGCACACGAACAGGAAACGAAGGAUUCGUUCUGGAAGCUAUAGGGACAAUAAAUAAGCGGUAAACUUGCGACGAGCCGAAAGAAGGCGUGAAGGAGGUGUGUUUACCCGAGGCAUGUACAGACUGUGACAUGGAGUCAAAUAUCUCCACGUUAAAGAUCGCUCAGGAGUUCGAAGGGAAAACUCUUGCAAAGAACACUGCUAUGCGUAGAAGAAGGCAUUCAUUGUUUGAGACAGAAGAGAUACCCAUGAUACGAGAGGGAGACCAUGGUGUUGCCGUCAUGACCCAUGCUGAUUAUCCGUUGCGUAGUCGCUCGAAAUCCCUUCCGUUGGAACCUAGACAGCCUAAGAUUUCAUUUGGAUUCAUGCAAGAAAACGUCAGAAGGGUUCUCCAAGAGGUUUUAGAGAGUAAACUGAAAGGAAGAAGUUAUGUGGCCAGCGAAUGUGCGGCGUUAUCACGAGAACUAGUAAACAUUCUGCGCGAGAAAGUUGUAGCGCUCGAUAUGAACAAGUACAAAUUUAUUUGUACUUGCUGCAUUACGCAGAAACUCAAACCGCCCCUUGCCAUACAGAGUGGCUGUGCCUGGGAUGAAAGUGCCAUAGGGAUUGAUAUGGACGGUUUUACUGAAUUUGUCUACAAGAACGACGAUCUCAUCGCAGUUGCAACGGUUUAUGGAGUCCACGCUCAGAAGAGGACGGAAAGAGAAAGGUACUUAAAGAGUAUCAAAGGAUCCAUUUACUCGCCUAUCCCAGAGUAAAUCUCCCAAAGAAACUUUACCU